AUGGCAGGAGGAGAGGAGGGAGGGAAGCGCGGGGCAGAUGAGAAGGGCAUGAAGCUCUGGGAGGUGAAGGGAGUGACGGUCCGAGAUGAGCGCGUGGCUAAAGUCCGACGAGUGGCCGUGCAUCUCGCCAGGCUGGUAGCAGAGCUGAAGGAGGCUGGGGUCCCUCUUCACAACGCUCUAUGUGUCGCUGAGCAUGGACGAUGGGCGCAGAGGCUGUGUGAGCAUGCAGAGGAGUACGUCAGCAGUAGACCCGUCGGCGUCGGCAUCCUCUUCACCGUCUUGAAGGAUGGCUCCUUCGCGGUUGAAACCAUCGAACGAGGUUCGCCGGCUGAGAGCUCCGACAUUCGGGUAGGCGACGUGCUCAAGAAGGUGAACGGCGAGGAGGUGCAGGAGAUGAGCUUUCAGGACAUGGCCAACAUCUACCUAGGCAGAGUGGGAACAGAAGUGAACCUUGUGCUCCGAAGACCCAACAUCCCUCAUCCCGUCACCGCCAAGCUGAGGAGGUGGAGUGGCAAGGAUACAAUGGUGCGGUGCGACCUUCAUCCAUGGAAGAUACUGGAGCGAGUUCGCUUCAUGGAGGACACGCUGCUCAAGCUGCGGUUCGAUCUGGAGGAGUGGGGGAUCCAAGACCCCGAGAAGAGGGUGAGUGAACUGAGUUGGCAUCGAUGCUUGAGACUCGCCAAGGAUCUGGGGCUGGAAGUGACCAUCCAGUUCAGACAAGUGACGGACUACGACAAAUCUUUCAUCAUAAGAGAUCCUUUCGCUCAGAUGGUGUGGAGGUCUUACUUUCAUAAUCGCCCUUGCAUCAAGAUCCGUGAGUGGAUUGCGGCCGUUCAGAAUGAGCUGAGAAAUCUCGGGAUGCAGCUUCUGUCGUCAUGGCAGUCGCAGUUUAUGGCCAGCUUGAUGUGCGUGGGGAUCGAGGACUGUGUGUCCUGCUACGAGAUCCAGGAGGCUGGGAACGGUUUCAUCGACGCUCUCAAACUUGCGGAGAUCGCUCUGCUGACUGGGGCUAGUCGGAGCCUGCCAGAAUGGUUCAAACCUCAUCUCAACUAUCAGAAGGAAGCAUGCUAUCUUCUCAGCUCUGCGGACCCUGGGGUCUUCGUUGUUCGAUACAGCGCAUCUCCCGGCAACUUCGCCAUCCAAUGGUGCUCGGCAGGGCGGCAGAUUAAGAGUGCUAAGGUAUUCGUGAAGACCGGGGGUUACUCGUGGCGCAUCAACGGAAAGGCUGUCUACCCGGCUCUGUCAGAUAUGAUCCAUGAGGUGGACCUGUCAGCUGCCUGCUCGCCCUGA